AUGAAUACUAAAGCAUUAUAUCCAAUCAAAUCUGAAUUUGCAUCAGGAGAUGAUCUUCCAACAAUAGUUGCAAAUGAUUCAUUAAAUCUUGUUAAUUUUCAGCAAGUUCGACGAAAACUAAGCCGUGUACAUAAUCAAAGAAGAAAUACUGGAAGAAUCAUAUGGAAUGAUGAAACCAAACAAGUUGAAAUUCGAGAUAAUUCUUCAAUUCGAAAAACAUUUAAUGAAGCUUCAAAUGAUAAAAAUGUUCAGCAAUCAUCAAUGAAUAAUUGUCAUAGUAUUAUAUCUCGAUUUGAAAAUAGUACAAAAGAAUCGAUAAAUUCACCAUCAAGAAUAAAUCGUUCACAAAAUCAAGAAUCAUCAAAAAAACCAUUAACAAUAACAAAAUCUUUAUUAGUUAAUGAAAUUAAUUUAAAAAAAGAUAAUGAUGAUUUAAUAAUGAUCAAAUUAUAUGAAGAUACAAAAAAAAUCAUUGAUCAAUUAAAUGAAAAAGUUGAUUGGUUAGAAAAAGAUCUUGAUAAACGAGAUCAAAUCAUUGAAAAUCUCAAAACAUCUCAAUAUUUUGAAUCAUCGUUUGAUAAACGAGAAAAGCGAGUUUAUGAACAAAAAAUAUCGGAAUUGGAAGAAGAGUUAAAAAAAAUCGAUUCAAUAAAAGCAGACAAUAUACGUCUAAAAGAAGAAAAUGCUGCAUUAAUUCGUGUUAUUAGUAAACUUUCGAAAUGA